GUUAAGCAAACAGAACAACAGAAAAGGUCGCUCUUCCUUUCCAGUUCCCUCCCACCCUAUCUGACCUUGUCUUUUCUCCAGCAAGAGAGCACAGAUUUCAGGAGCUCAGAGCCCAGCUACCCAGGCCCUCAGCUCGAGGUCCUGUCAUGGCACACCGGAGGCCUCUUCUCCUGCUGGCCCUGCUGGCAUGGGUUGCUCUGGCCGACCAAGAGUCAUGCAAGGGGCGCUGCACAGAAGGUUUCAAUGCUGACAGGAAGUGUCAGUGUGAUGAGCUGUGCUCUUACUACAAGAGCUGCUGCAGUGACUACAUAGCAGAGUGCAAUCCCAAAGUGACUCGAGGAGAUGUAUUCACUCAGCCGGAAGACGACUACAGGUUCUAUGAUUAUCACGAGACCAAGUACAACACGAAAGACCUCACACAGACGGAGAGUCCCUCCAGGAGUUCUGACUUGCGCACCUCACCUGAGGCAACUUCUGAGCCAGGACCUAUCCUGAAGCCUACAAAAGAGGCUCCUGUAUUUGAAGCAAGCAACCCUACAUCUGAUGUGGUGACUUCAGGGGCUGAGACCACUGGUCAAGUAAUCCUGGCGUCCCCAGCAGAGGAGGAGCUAUGCAGCGGAAAGCCCUUUGAUGCCUUCACUAACCUCAAGAAUGGUUCCAUCUUUGCUUUCCGAGGACAGUACUUCUAUGAGCUAGAUGAAACAGCAGUGAGGCCUGGGUACCCCAAGCUCAUCCGGGAUGUCUGGGGCAUUGAGGGCCCCAUUGAUGCUGCCUUCACCCGCAUCAACUGUCAAGGGAAGACCUACCUCUUCAAGGGUAGCCAGUACUGGAGGUUUGAUGAUGGUGUCCUGGACCCAGAUUUCCCACGAAACAUCUCUGAUGGCUUCAUCGGCAUCCCGGACAAUGUGGAUGCAACCUUGGCGCUCCCUGCCCACAGCUACAGUGGCCGGGAGCGGGUCUACUUCUUCAAAGGGAAACAGUACUGGGAGUAUGAGUUCCAGCACCAGCCCAGCCAGGAGGAGUGCGAAGGCAGUUCCCUGUCGGCUGUGUUUGAACACUUUGCCCUGCUGCAGCGGAACAGCUGGGAGGACAUCUUUGAGUUGCUUUUCUGGGGCAGACCCUCUGGUGUUGUCCAAGAGCCCCGGUUCAUCAGCCGGGACUGGCACGGUGUGCCCGGGAAGGUGGAUGCUGUCAUGCCUGGCCACAUCUACGUCUCAGGCUCUGUGCUCCAGCCUCCCCCGGCCAAGAAGCAAAAGUUUAAACAUCGCAGCCGCAAACGCUACCGCUCACGUGGUAGCCGCGGCCGCAGCCGCAGCCGCAGCAGCCGCCAGAGCUCCCCAAGGCAGUCCCGUUCUCUGUUCCUGUCCUUCUUCUCCAGUGAAGAGACAGGGCCAGUAACCUACAACUAUGACGACUCCGACAUGAGCUGGCUUGUGCCUGCGGCCUGCGAGCCCAUUCAGAGCGUCUAUUUCUUCUCGGGAGACAAGUACUACCGAGUUAACCUUCGCACACGCCGAGUGGACACUGUGAACCCUCCCUACCCACGCCCCAUUGCCCAGUACUGGCUGGGGUGCCCACCCCCAGGCCACAAGUAGAAGUUAGAGCCCACACAGUUGGGACUCCAUAGCUCCCCCCUUCGUCUUGCUCCUCCCAGCCUAAUAAAAAUCCUUUGGCCCUGA